AUGGGCGGAGAGGAUGAGGCAACACAUGCGGCGCAGACACGCCGAAGUGUGGAUCUCGGCGAGUCCGUGGACUAUGAGAAAAUGCUGGCGGAAGCAGCUCAAGUUCCAAGCUUUACACCAUUGCCAGGAAGCAUCUCACAGAGUGAACAUGAGGUGCAAAUGGCGUCCUUGGAGGUUCGACUUCGACAGCAUUGCCUCGACAUCAUUGGGCCUACGGUCCGGAGAACAGCUGCCUUGGAGAAAGAGGUGGUGAAGAUCCAGGAAGACCUUCAGAUCAAGUCCACCCAUAUCUCUGAUUUGUUGCUGACUGCUGGCAAAGUUGAGCAGCAGGUGGCGAACAUCGAGAACUUCCGAUCAGAGUUGGCAAAGUAUGAUUCUGAACGAAAGCAAUGGCAAGCCACGGCGACGGACUCCUUGAGCUGCAUGAAGCAGGAGUCGGAGAGAUGGAAAGCAUGGCAGGGAGAGAUGGUCUCCUGUAAGCAUGAGCCUUGCUUGGCACUGGCAGAGGUUGGCCUGACUUUUCACUCCAAUGCUCCCUGGGCUUUGCCGGCUUUGCUUUCGAAGAGAGGCCUUACAUUUGCAAAAUCUGGAGAGCAGGCAUUGCUGAGUGCCUGGCGUCCCCGUGGCGGACCACCCUCUCAACGUCACCGUCCAAAGCCGCCAGCGAGCGGGCCUGGCGGGCCUGGCGCCGUCGAUGUGGAAGCCAAGCACCGGGGAGUCAUCGAGCUUCGUCGGAUCAGCACUUGUCGAGAACUGGGAAACAAGAAGCAGCUUGCUUUGUACUUGGAAGUGGCAGGCGCAAGCAGUUGGGCUCCAAGAACUUUUCUCAAGCCAAAUGACGUGCUCGCCGCCGGCAAGACCGAUCAAUUGUUUUUUCUGAAGCAUGCCUGCCGUGAACGCAAUGAGGGGGUCAGCGUUCACUUGGGGGCUCAAGCCUGUCACACUGCGUGGACCAAUUUGCCUCCAGAGGAGCAGGACGAGUAUGUUGCGCAGCAAGAGGUUGCUGGAGUUCUUCUGGAUCACGACGGUCGAAAAGUCACGCUCAGAAUAUACAUACUACUGCUAUUUAAUCAAAGUUCUCGCAGGGUCCUUGCCCUUGUGCGUCGUGAUUUUGUUUGCAGAUCACAUCCCCUUUGCUAUGAUGCCACAGAUCCAGAUCCUGCUCGGCAUGUGCACUCCACGCUGGAUGUGUUUAAAGAGGUUCAUGGGAUCAGCAGCUGCGCAUGGCCUCACUCAAAGACCAUCUGGCCGGAGGUCAUGAGGAUGUUUCAGGCUUGCCUCAGUCCCUUCCUUGAACGCUUUGCUUUGGCUGAAGAUGAGCAAGAAGGACCAGUGAGCUUCGAACUCUUGGGAGCAGACAUUUUGGUGGACCAAUCCUUUCGACCUUGGCUGCUGGAGAUGAACCAGGGACCGGCCUUGCUGCCCAUCAAAGGCAAUCCGUCAGCCACUGCUGCUCGGACUGCUGUGAUGGAGGAUACCUUGCAGGAGGCCGGCCGAAUCCUGCAUCGUGGCCUUGUCACUGUUCUGUUGCCGUUGCAGACCAAUCCUUUGCAACUUGCAGGUAUGGAUGCAUACGUUCAGGGUGCCCAACGCACUGUGGAUCGAGUGGUGGGAGAACUAGGCCGAGUGCAGGACAUUGGCGAUGCGCUCAGAGCAGACACGAACAAGCGCCUGUGCCAGCAGAACAAGAUGCUGAAUGUCUUCAAGACAGACUUGGAGGUGAAGCUGGUGAGUGUGGAAAAUAGAUACAACAAGCUCAGUGAUGACCUGUGGAGUGAAGAGACAGGUCUUGCAAAGGUGAUGCAUGACCUAUCACGCACAAAUGAGGUCGUCACCAGCAUGAGCACCGAGUUCAGCUCUAUGAAGCAUAUCAAGGCAAGCAUCGCCCAGCUGGAAAAGGUUCAGGAGGAGGUCAACAACUUUACUCUGGAGACCAGCAACAAUGUGACCGCCUUGCAGCAGACGGUUGACAGGAUGAUGAGCGACAUGAAAGAGCACUUUCAAACGGCCACCAAUACCGUAGCAGCGCACAAUGCUGCGAUGCUGCAAGAGGUGAGAACAGCGUACCAGGAGGAGCUACAUGAGGCUGCUCAAGUGCGACAGAAGGUUGACGAAUUUAUGCAGUCUGAGCGUGAGUAUCGGCGAGCCUUGGAGGAAAGCAUUUGUGCUUCACAGGCACAAACAGAAGACUUGGUGAGACAGGUGACAUCAGAGGUGGAAGAGGUUGGGAAGCUGAGAAGACGGGAUCGCAAUAGCCAAGAGGUGGAGAUCAAAGGCGUUGCCAAGCAACUUGCAAUCGUGCAAGAAUCCUCUCAACAUGUGGCUAACAGCUUGGAACACCUCAGCAGGGUGAUGUGGACAAUGGUGCAAUGCGAGAGGGCGGCAUCAGCGCUUGACCUCCAAGACGAUCAAGAUCGGGCCAAAAUUGCGCUGAUGGGCUAUAAGGAGGAGACAUCGGAGAAGACUAGAGGAGGAGGAAGGACCCGGAGAAGUCGAGCUUCUUCGCCCCAACCAGCUGAGCAGGCAGAUGGUCAGACAGUCAUCAAUGUGGAUGAGCGCUGUUUGAGCUGCUGCGGCAAAGCGCAAACGGUUCUUUCAGGCUUCAAGAUGGCUUGCCUCCAGUACUCCCCGGCUCCGGUGGUCUUUGCGCGAAAGACCUACAACAGAUCGGACCUCUUAGGUGUCCGAGAAAAGAUGCUCUUGCAGGUGGGGAGUCUGGAGAAGUGGCAUGAGGAACAUGGUGGGAGUCAGGUGCACGAAUCUCUGGAACAUGGACCGGUCAGCUUUGAUAGAGCAGACAUCUUUGGACAGACAAAUGCAGCACCCAUCUCAUCAGGUGCAAUCGUCGACUCCUUGACCAGAGAGGAACGCCUGGACAGUCGCAGUAGCCUGGCUGGCAGCCGCGCCAGAUCCAGUCCGCUGACCAUGCCGCCCAUACCCACUCCGCGGUCGACCUCAGUCAGCUGA